AUGGUCUUGGCGUGGUUUUGGCUGGCCUAUCUGGGCUUGAUAGCUGGUGAUGACUGUGAACCAGCCUUGGAGAUGCUGCAGCUACGGGCCAGGAAGACUGAAACGGAAGCAGAAGUGACCAAUGCAUCUGCUCCUGCCACGGUGUACAUGAUCUUCACUUUUGGUGCUGUGGCCACAAGCACGUCGCCCUUGAAAGAUUUCUCGCAGCCCAGCCAGACCUUUCGUGGCCUUCGCUGCUACACUGAAAACUUGCUUCCGAUGGGCAUGCGGCAAGUGGACGCGGGCGCCAACCUCAACCAGCUCUACCAUUCACAGGUGCCCACGGUGGUGUUGCGCAGCCACGGCGACUCGGACUUCUUCGAUGGCACCGGGCGCCCGGAUCUGCCGGCGCACGGCACCGGGGUGCGGCUGCCGGACGUGGGGCUCCAUGACAUGCAGAACUAUUUUCAACGCUUGCUUUCACUACACCUCCGGGGUCGCGAUGCUCAUGUGGAAAAGCCCUUUGCGAGCGCUCACGCCUUUGCAUAUUUGGCAUGGGGAGCCUAUGAGAGGCAGCAGGACAGAGGAGGCUUUGUGACGAUGGAAUCCUUGAUCAAGGCACACCUCCCGAACUGGCGCUUGGUGGCGCAAGAGCAGCUGGAUACCAUCGAAGCCGUUGACAACCUGUGGAUCGUCCAAAACCAGAACAGCCAAGAUUGCUUAUUGACCUUUGAAGGAACCCAUACCUUCACGCAGUUCUUCCGGAAUCUCAAGACCACUGAUCAGGUCAUUGAAUACUGUGGCUUCCCAGGUGUUCAUUCCGGCUAUGCUGAGAAGCUUCGCUGGCUCAUGAAGGGAGUGAUGUCGAAGCUGAGGCCGAAACUCUCCAAGUGCUAUCGGGUAGGCUGUACUGGACACUCCUUGGGCGGUGCUCUCUGCGAAAUCUUCGCCGCCUGUGUCAACUCCGGCCGCGUGGGCCACCCCGAUUUCGAGGCAGCGACGUGGAGCGCCGGAGAAAAGGAACUGAUGCCCCAGAUCGCACAGAAGUUCACCGCCGUGGUCUGGGCGAAAAAAGACUUCACGCUGCCCACUGGAGUGUUGGUGGGUGAGGAGCUCUUGGACGUAAACCCUGCAGACCGUUUGGCGACGGGCGGAGUCUAUGACGUGGAGGAAGCGGCGACCGUAGAGGGUUGGAAGAUGUGGUUCCAGGACUUCGUGCCGCCGGACCGGGAGCCGCUGCGUUCGGAGCGGCGGUCCGAGCUCGUGGAGGUGGAACGCCUUCUGACGGACAUGGAAAGUCGCUUGUCCACCCAUAUCAACCUGGUGCACAAAGAGGUGUGCGACUUGAAAGUCGCCGAGCAGGCGGUGGGAGGUCUCCCCACCGACGUGAGCCACGUGACCCACGCCAAGAGCGAUGACGCGCCAAUGCCCGGGCGGAGCUCCCACUUCUACCGCGCACGAGUCCCGGAUCACUUCCGACAGCUGGUGAGCGACAGCUUGCGCUCGCCCCAGCGCGCCGGACGCGGCGGCAACCUGGGCGGACCCUCCUCGCGCUCGGCUGGCUCCAGCUUCCAGUGGGAUAGCUUCCGGCUCUCACCACCGCAGCUCUCCUCUUGCGCGGCUUUUUGUGAGAUCAUGAUCCUCACCUUGGUGAUCGCUUACUCCAUCCUGAUGGGUCUUUCUCUACAGCAGUUGAGCUCCACCGGCGAAGCACCGGCCUGGGCCUACCCCGUCGAUCUCACUUUCAACGUGCUCUUCGUGAUCGACGUGGCGUUUCGCUGCUUUUUGGAAGGUCGUCGCUUCUUCUGUGGCCCUGGCGCUCGAUGGAACAUCGUCGAUUCCUGCGUGGUGUUCUUCAUCGUUUUGUCGCAGCUGCUCAGCGAUUUGGGCUAUCCAGAUCUGGGAAGCAUUUCGGUGCUCCGACUACUUCGGAUUCUUCGAAUCUUGGGCGUCGCCCGGCUCCUGCGCUUCUUCUGCCGCUGGCGCGCCUUCCGUUACCUCCGGACGCUGGCGGCGUCGCUGGUGGAGACCUCCAAGUGCAUGCUGCCGCUCAUGGCCUUUGUGCUCGCCAUCGUUUACCUCUUUGGAAUGGUCUUGACCGAAGGGAUCUGGGAGGUUUGUCGCUCUGAAAUGGUCCCGGACGAUGUGCUGUGCGCGAAGUUCGGCACGCUGAAUGCCUCGAUGAUGACCUUGUUCCAAAUCCUCUACCACGGUAUACUGUGGGGUCCAGUGUGGGAUGCCUUUGGCGUGGAAAUGGCAGCCAGUUGGUUCCUCCAAAGCAUUUUCCUGCUCUUCGUGUGCUUCGCGCUGAUUGUGGUGUCCAACGUCCUGGCCAGCUUCCUCUUCACCUUGCAGAAGCAAGUUGGAGAUAAGGAGAGGGAUACCUUGAUUCAGAACGAGAUCGAGUCCAAAGAGGAAUUCUUACGUUCCAUGGCGUUGGUGUUUCGAGACUUCGAUCAAAACAGCAAUGGCGCCAUCUCAUGGACGGAGUUCGAGUUGGCGCUGGAGGAUGAACGGAUGUUGGCCUUCUUGGCCUCCAUGGGCUGCUCGGAGCGUGUCUUCGGUGGGCGGGGACGAUCGCAGCCAGCCGCGAAGGAGGUCCAGCCGUUCCGAAGCGUUUUGGCAACGCUGGGACUGGGGUGCCAGGAGGGUCGAACAGCACCGGUCACCAGUUUGGAGGGGUCCCGUCCCAUGCGAGGCUUGGACAUCUCCGAUGCCAUCGGACUCUUCGAAGUCUUGGAUUCGGAUUCCACUGGUGCCAUCAACGACCUGGUCCGCGUGCAAAUGGAGCAAGAAUGGGUGCAUCGUGCCAUGUUGCAAGUCCGUCAAACGCUGGGCGAGAUGGGCAAGCUCCUGCAGAAGAUUCAGAAGACGCAGGCGGGGACCCCCUUUGGCCCGUCCAAGUCCGAUGUGAUGAGCAACUUCAUCAGUGACUCGAAGGCGCCCACGGACUCCUAUAACUUCAUGCAGUCCACACCGUUACCCACGCCCAAGACCAAGCACCGCACGCAGCUCUUGCCCCACGAGCGGGCCGUGACGUUGCAAGAGUUGGAGCUCAUCGCGGGCACCACGGACUGCUGCAGACGUGAAGGCUGGAUGGCAGAUGGCAAGCUCCUCCAGCCGCACGAGGUGAACUUAUAUCAUUUCAACUACGAACACAUCCUGCCCCAAACAGCUCCUGACAGUGGGAUCUUACUGAAGUCUAUGAAGGUGGAGUCUCCGGUUCAGCUGGGCGACAUCAUCGUGCAAUGCGACGCGGAGGGCGAGACCAAAAGGCCCCCGCAGGCAUGCGGCACGGUGCUGAGGGUGGAGAAGCAGGCGGAAAACCUGCUCACUCUGGCCGUCAAGAUACACAAGGGCCGCUUCACGACCUCUGCCCUGGAUGGGCUCAUUCGCAUCGGUGGGCGAGAGCCGUGCGGCGUUCCCAAGGAGAUCAGCUCUGAGGGCUCGAUUAGCUACAAGGAGCUACUCUCAUCGGUGGCACGAUUACCAGCUUGGUACUGCUCUCAUUGGUGGGGCGAACCCAUCCGUUCCUUCGUAUCCUGCUGCAAGCGGCACGGCUACUUGCGGGGCUUGACGCUGCAUGGCAGUGGCACGUACUGGGUCUGUGGCUAUGCGAAUCGCCAGCAUGAGCUACAACAAGAGAUCGGCAGCGACUUGAAGGACUCUUCCUUUUACCAAGCUUUGCAGGUGGCAGAUGGGAUCUUGUUGAUCCUCGAUCAAGAGGCCAAGCCGUUUUCGAGGAUUUGGUGCGACUACGAGCUCUACGCCGCGAUCACGGACCCCGCGAAGGACUUCGACCUGGUGACGGCCACCGAGGGCGUGGCCUUGGGUCCCCAAGCGCUGAUGCUCAGCAAGAAUUUGCUGCCACAGGAGUCCGCGGUGGCCAAAUCCGUUCGCGAGCAGAACUUCCCCAUCUCCUUCCUCCUGCGUGGACUGUCCGUGCGCUUGGAGGAUGGCGAGGCCACCGUCGAGGCGGACAAAAUGAAGAUCUUGAGUGCAAUGGCUGGAGGGAACUUGAAUAGCUCGCGCGGGCAAAUGCUCUUGGAGAAGAACCUGAAGCAUGCGAACGAUACACUGCAUUCCACGCUCGCCGUGUUAGCAUGGCCCCAAGCCAUGCAGCGGGGGCUCUUGGGUGAGAUGAAGCUGGCGGAGGCCUUGUCAGCAGAUGUGGGCCGAGAGCGCUUGGAGCUGAGCCUGGCGCAUUUCGAGGCCAGUUGCACAGACGCCGCCAUGAAGGUCCUGGCGACGGGGCUUCCGCCGAAUCUCCAGGAACUGCGCUUGAGCUUCGAAGGAUGUAAUCGCAUCACUGAUGCUGGUGUUUCAGCCCUGGUGAGACACCUGAACCCGAAGCUGAAGCUCCUCUACUUGGACUUCAUCGGCUGCGCCCUUCUCACCGACUCGGCGAUCCUCUCCCUGGCCAAGCAUUUGCCCAGCACUUUGAUCGAACUCCAAGUCCAUGUGGCGGGCUGCGAGGGUGUGGGCACGGCCGCCGUGCAGCAUUUGAAGCAACACUGGCCCGCCAGUCUGCAUCAGUUCCGUGGGUCCUUCAAAGGCACGGCGGUGAACCGGAAUUUCCGGAACUUCCAAGAGCUCCAAAGCUUUUGGACCUGA